AUGGACUGCCCGUCUGCUUCCAUGUCCAUGUCGCUGUCGUCUCCCCGACGGCGUCGCCCUUUCGAGGAUCCGCAUUCCGUCAUGGUGCGCACCGGCUCCAAUGAUUCUUCCAAGUCGUCCGACGAUAUACUUGUGGCUGGUCCAUCGCACACGCCGUCGCAACGCAACAAACAGGCCAUUCCUCCCCAUGUCAUCCAGUCGUCGCACUCGAGGCGCUCCUCGGCCAAACUCACUACCGCUCGAGUGGUGUAUGAUCGAUUCACCAUCAGCUUCGGCCCUGCCAUUGCCAGAGAACGAUUUCGGGGAAUUGUGCGCACAAGACCGAAACCCCUUUCUCGAGCGUCGGACUCGUCGUCGUCUUCCGAUGUCAAGACAGAAGACGAUGAGCUAUCCGGCGGUCCCAAUCAUCGCGGAACGUAUUCGAAAGAGUACACCCUGCUGCACCCCAACAUCACAUGGGUGCAUCGCGGUCAAGGCCGCUAUCUGCCAGCGUCUGCGAUCGCCACCGACAACACUUCUUCGAGCGCAAGACCAACAAGACAAACAACAGAGCGCACCAAUGGCUCCGUUGCAACAAGCGAGCAGACUAUGGAGAGCAUGACCCAGGCUCUCUACGAUCAUUUCAGUGACUGGAGGAAACAGCGAAACCCGGAAGCUUCCGAUAGAUGGAGUCCACAGCUGAAGGGGCAAUACAAGCUGUACCUCGAAAUGAUCAAGACGACGCCAAGACAGCAAUGGUUAAAGGCCAUCGAGACCAUCGCGGACCAAGAUCACAGGGAGAUUGUCCGACAAUGGAAUCGCGCCAUGGAUCGACAAUUCCCAACAAACGGCAAGAUCGAACGCCAGCACAGUGAAGACGGUUCUCCGCGAAAUCAUCUGUCCCGUCAAGCCAAGACUUUUUGGCCUAGCCUCGAGCAUCGACGGAGCUCCCGACUAACGGAUGCCCCGAACAACGGAUCCUACAACGAGGACGACGACUACGGUGCUGGAGAUACGGACGGCUCGCAUAGCCCAGACAAGACCUAUCGAAAGGAUCAUGUGGAUGCGCAUCCGAAUGAGCUUUUCCAUCAUGCUGGCAAUGGCUGGUGGAAGAGAGGUCCAAGGCCGAAUGACUCGGAGAAGACCUCAGAUCGAAGAGACUCGAGUGCUUCUCAUGCGAUCAAGUAUAGCAGCAGUGAAGCUUCCCGUGAGUCUGACGGCGGCGCGACCAUCCACAAAGAAGAGCUGUACAAAUACCCUGGCAUGACUUUCCAUCACAAAGGUAACAGAUGGUACAAACCAGGCAUCGGCCCUAGCGGAGUCACUGGAUGUAUCACAGUAUCUGCAGAUGGUCAGAUCAUUGGUCCGAAGCGUAGACGAAGUGACUUCACCGUGGACUCGAACGAGAUGUCUAUCGACGCCCCACCACCUCUUUCUACGCCGGACCUAGGUCACACCGUCAACAAAGCAUACGCAGAUUUGCACCCUGAAGUCGAGUGGGUUCAUCGAGGCGGUGGAAGAUACAAACGGAAAGCCAGUCUCAUCGACACUGGCACCGUUGCCCCCGCCGGGUCAUCCGACAGGCGUUCGAGUCGAGCUGAGAACAGUUUUAGCAAUCACUACGCCGCAUCUCGCGCAAGUGACGAGCUUCGUCGGUCGAGCAAUCGCCGCCGCAACUCGAAACUCGAGUCACUCGAUGAUGAGCCAGGUGAGCUGUUCGACAAAGCCUACGUGGAUGCGCACCCCGACGAGAAGUUCUAUCAUCGUGGUCAAGGUCGCUACGCUCGUGGUGAUCGACCAAAAGCUAUGGGCGGCCCGAGUCUAGAUCACUCUCACUCAGAAGAGAAGUUUGACAAGGCAUACGUCGAUGCGCACCCGAACGAAACCUUCCACCACCGCGGACAAGGCAGGUGGGCCCGGGGAUUGCCGCCACCACAUUCAAACAGUAAGACUGCCGUUCGCGGCCCUGGAGCUCUCGAGAUGUACAAACGUGAGAAGUCCCCACAAGACGGUCCCAAGCCGCCACCAUUGACUGCGCUACUCAAGAAGCAAGAAGGCCCAGACCUGUGGCGUAAUCUCAACUGGCAAUACAGAGGAGGCGGGAAGUGGUGUCAGGUGUCCAAAGAGGAGGCGCAUAGACUCACCACCAAAUCUCGCAAACCUCGAGUCUCGAGUGGCCGUAGUCGUGGUGACGAAGCAGACAUGCAGCUUCGUGGCGAAGCGUUCGCAGUGGAUGGCUCAUCAACAGCUGCUGCCAAGCGUUCUGCCGGCCUUCUCGCGAAGCCUCCCAAGAUCAUCAGGAAGCGGUCUCAGCAAAGCAUGGCACAGUUACCUUCCAAUUCGCACUCGACCGCCCCAACGCCACGUCCCGCUCUACUGCCACCCGAGGACGACCGUGUAGACCAGGAAGACUUGCCAUCCCUCUACAAAGAUGCGUGGUCGGAUGCUGAAUCGGAGGACCUUGAUGAUGCGGCUAAAAUACUACGCAGCGAGUUCGACCCGAUGAUUGGCCCGGAGCCGUUCGUGAGGGCAUUGACGAAGCACGAUCCUGCCGUGCGCUCGCUUGACACUCUGAAGCAGCUUGCUGCGAAUGCGCAACAAGCGCUGAUGCAGCUACAAGACGAGUACCUAGCACUGGAUGAGAUCGUGGCCCGUCACCCCAUGAAUGGCAAGAAAGAGCGCAAGGCUGUCAAGGGUGGCCGACAGCCGCUCGAGUAUACGGUCUGGGAAGACAAGAAAGAAGCAAUCCUCUACGACUAUACCUUCGACCCACGAAAGACUGGGUAUCAGAACCCAGACGCCCAAAGAAUCAUUCGUGAUGAGGAAGGCCGCGAACUUCGUCGUCGCCGCAACCGCUAUGGGCACGACCCCCACGAAACAGCAGUGAACUAUGGCGACGGCGAGAUGACUGCCAAGCGAGCUGUGAAGCCAGUCUCCCGUUUCGAUGGCGUCGUAAUCCCCCCACCACGAAAGCGUUCUCGCCUUAUGACCACCGCCGACGACAACAUCACCAAAACCAUGGACGACUCCCCCAGUGCCACCCCAAACCGCGCAGCAAGCCCCAUCCCAGGCUUCACCGAAGCCGAAAUGGCCGCCAUCAACGACCCCAAGCGCGGUCGCUGGAGGGGCCACGUCCCCAAAGUCAUGCACCAAGCCAUGCACCACCGCCUCCGCGAGCUUCGAGCGGAAAGUGUCGGCUCCCAGCGCAGCGAAAGCGGCACCAGCACCGGCUCACCGAACCAAACCGGUGCUCGCAAGGGACGUCCACCAGGUAGCAAGAAUCUCAAGCCGAGAAAGGACAUCGGGAUCAAGAAAGGUCCACGCAAGAAACUCGCGACAAGCCAGGCGACUCCGACCAGUAGUGUUGAGCCGGAGAUGAUGCAGGAUGGUUCGGUGCCGGCGAUUGUGGAGAAUCCGCCUGAUGAUGUGCCGGCUGCUGCUGCUGCGGAUGAACCGAUGGCGAUUGACGCUGCUGCGAGUCAGGCGAUGUCGUUGAAUGUGUAA